AUGGCGGCUAACGAUUAUUAUAAUUCUUAUUCACAACAACAACAAUAUCAACAUGAAGAACCGCAACCAUACCACAGUCCAUUCGACACUCAGUCUCAACAACAUACAGUGCCUCCAUCAUACCAUUCUCGAGCACCUUCAAGACAAGGCUCAUUCCCUUCACAAGUAGGAUCAACAAGACCUCAAGAAAUGUCACCAGUCUCCCCAUUCGAAGCGCCAUUCGAUGAUCAUAUAUAUCCGGCGCCAAAAGUACCACAACAUAGACAAGAAAGCUCGCAUAGCUUAGGACAAGAUUCGCAGUACUAUUCACAAGGUGGAGGGGGUAGGCCCCAAGAUGGGAUGGGCUACUCUAAUGAAGAUAUACCUUUACGAGAAAACCCACAAGUACCAGCAAAAGAUGCCUCGACAGAUCAUAUUUACAAUGCGAACCUAAACGACCAUGUAUACGACGCAGAAGAAUCAGGAGUACCUCCACACUUAAAGGAUAACAAAAGGAAUAGAAUGAGCGAAGCUAUGUCGAUGGGACUUGUGAAUAGGAAAAGUCGCAUUCCUUUCGUUACAUAUACUCUCACUUUGGUGCAGGUGAUAGUAUUUAUUGUAGAGAUUGUUAAGAACUCUCAACUCACUGGGUCUCCGAUCGAAAUUCAUCCUUCUUUUAACCCUAUGAUCGGUCCAUCACCAUACGUGGUUAUCAAUAUGGGCUCAAGAUUCACACCAUGCAUGCACAAUAUGACCGGCAUACCAGAUCUCAAUGCCAUAAGCUGGCCAUGUCCAAAUACAACAAGCGCAACGUCGAAUGAUUGUUCUAUAAGUGAUCUUUGUGGAUUUGGAGGAGUGGGAGCGACACCCGAUCAAUGGUACAGGUUCAUUUUACCCAUGUUCCUUCACGCUGGAAUCAUUCACAUAGGUUUCAACAUGCUUCUUCAAAUGACCAUGGGAAAGGAAAUGGAGAUUUUAAUCGGACCCAUUCGGUAUUUUUUGGUCUACAUCUCCAGCGGAAUAUUUGGAUUUAUACUAGGUGGGAACUUUGCUGCGACAGGUAUCUCAUCCACAGGCGCAUCGGGAGCCCUUUUCGGUCUCAUUGCUCUUACGCUCCUUGACUUACUUUACAAAUGGAAAGAACGCGUCAGUCCAAUGAAAGAAUUAGCUUUUAUCCUCCUCGAUGUCAUCAUAUCAUUCGUUUUAGGUCUUUUACCCGGUCUCGAUAACUUCUCUCAUAUUGGAGGAUUCCUUAUGGGUUUUGUCCUUGGGUUAUCGAUUCUUCGUUCACCCAAUUCUCUACGAAUGCGAACGGGUCAAUCUGAUCCACCAUAUGCACCUGUUCCUACCAAAGCUAACCAAGGUGACCGUGGUAUCAAUGUCAACAAUUGGUGCAAUAGUUGGGAUGCGAUGGCCAAGUUGUAUGAAUAA